GCGGACUUCCGGCCGCAUGUUAAGAUGUUUCAGUGCCUUUCCGUGGGUCGUCGUGACCGCCACGCCACGCCACGCCGUUGAGUCCACUUCGCAUUUUGAGCGACGCCCCCAAAUUCCGUGCCGAGUGUUUGCAGACCCUCCGGGACGGAGAGGUGGAGGAGGACUCGGCAGUUCGGCCGUCUAUGUUCACCACAAGCAACGCGCCAUUACUCCAUGACUUCAUCCCUCCGUUUUGACAGCGGCGUUCGGACAAGUGUGGCUUACUUUGUCUCCCUCGUAGGACUCCACGGCUGCUGCAGAGAAUGGGAAUAGGGACACAGGCCAAGGCUUGCCAUUUUGGCUGAAGUAAGAGGACAGUUGUCAACCCCGCGCCGGCUUCAAUCCCUCUUCCCCUCACCUCCCCCGCCCCCCCUCUCCUGCACGCACACAAGGACACAAACCGCCGCCCACAUUCACGGCUAUGUCCACAGCAGUAGACAUUGCUGGCCCUUCCUCGCCAGACCAAGCCAACAGCGGCGCUAAAAUCCCCAACGAACCGCUGAGACCUAGCCUCAAGCGUUCCAACCACCCCUACAGCCUCUCCCAUUACAUCUCCACCCCUUCCCAAGCGAUGGACGUCAAAGGCCUCAUCCAACCCUCCCCAGCACAGGAGCAGACGGCCCCGCCCGGCCCCACCAAACCUCGCCGUGCCCCUUCCUGGCCUGACAUGUGGGAGUCACCCAGCGGGCUCCACCUGGCUCACGCCGCAGAGCUGCUGAUGCGAGCCGGGCUGCUAGCGUUGACCCCCACUGCCACGGAGCAGGCCGGCUCAGGUGCUCAGAACAGCCAGCCAACUAAACGGGAGGCGGCGGAGACGAAGGGAGGCAAGGGAGAUGCCGAAGGAGGGGGAUCCGGGCCUGAGGAGGAGGAAGAGGACUCACCUGGAUGCAGGGCAGACAUCCAGCCCUUCCUGGGUGCUUGGUUCCCCUUCAGCCCCACUCUCUUGCCUCUCGCUGGCUUUCAGAUGGGGGGAGGCCACUGGAGGAGCACGGCUAUGGGAGCUGAGGGCAUGGAGGGCCUGGUGGCUGAGGGCCACUCCCCCGGUUCUCUGGGCGGGGGCAGCGGAAGCAGGAGGAAGAGGAAGCGCUGCGGUGAAUGCGUUCCAUGCCGGCGUCAGACGAACUGCGAACAGUGCAGCAGCUGCCGCAAUCGUAAGAGGGGACACCAGAUCUGUAAAUACAGGAAGUGCGAGGAGUUGAAGAGGAAGCCGGGAGGCCCCGGGUUUGAGAGCAGGGUGUCCGCGUUUGACCUCAGAGGCUCCGACUUUUCUUUGGGCCUGGCGCAGGAGAGAAGCAGCGGCGCCUUAGAUGGAUAAUAAUGUUUGCUGCAGAGGAUCUCGCUUUGGAUGAUUGUUGUGGAGCUGCAGUGUAAACACACACACACACACACGCACAUACACACACACGCACGCACGCACACACACUGGACACCAUGUUAACAAGCUGGUUGAAAGACGUGGACAUGAUGUGUAGAGUGCAGAGCUGCACCUCUGAUCAAGAAUGUUCUCACUCGUUCCCAUCCUUUCUUUUGACAAUCAGUGAAUUGGAGAGCGAGAGAAGGAGAAGGAUACCAAUGUGUUCCAUGAUGACUAAUAUGUUGUAAAUAGACUGUAAAUAACGGGAAAAAACAACAUUAUGUCUUUUUUACAUCCCUUUCCAGUUUGGAUGUAUUGUGUUUCAGCCGUUUAAAAAAAAAAAAAGAAAACAAAAAAAGAGCCAAAUGUUUUGUUUCGAACGGGGACUCUCGAUUCUGUUGUCACCGCAUCACCAGUAAGCGAGUCGUCUAAAUUAUUUCAUGUGCAACUUGUACCGUAUAGAUCUGUUUGCCCUUUUGAAAUAAAAGAAAUUGGCCAUG